ACUAGAUAAAAAUAGCACAUCGACACGAUCACGUUACAUUGUAUAUUUCAGCCUCGUUACAUGCGUAUAUAUAAAGAACAUGUGAUACCCAUUAUCAUUGCGAAAUAACGUUAUCAUUGCACCUGUUUUAUAAACACACUGACAAUUCUCUUACAGCGCAGACCAGCGUGAAGAACAAAAUGGUGCAUGGAACGGGAAGCUUUGGCGGUGGUGGUGGUGGCGGCGGCGGAUUCAGCGGGGGCGGUGGAUUUUCUUUUACCUCCACUGCGGUUCUCUCCCACCACUACUCACAUUCACGUCACGGCCGGGGAGAGGACUGCGAUUACUCGUGGAUUUGUGUUUGUUUCUGUUGCCGUGGACAAUCCUUUCAAGUUCGCAUUUUAACACUGUGGGCAUGGAUUGUAGCAAUAGUAUUGACGACGUCUUUGAUAACAGUGUUUCAUGUGAACAAAACACAGAAAAUCGAGGCGACAAUAACAGAUAUGCGUAAGGUUCCGAAUUCGAUGUCAGAAACCUUUUGUGAUGGUGCAUCCAUAUCGUCUGGCAGCUCUCAGUUUACUGCGUGGUUGUUUGACGGAGAACCAUCCGUUAACACCAAUGACUUGCAGCAAGUUACAUUCAGGAAGAAAACACAGAUCAAAUACAAUAAAUACGAGUACUGGGGCUUCUACCUCUUGUCCAAUUCUGUGAUUCAUAUCUCCACAUGUCCAGGCUCUUCACUCGAGUUUUUAAUCAUUCAGGGUAACAAAAACUUCAAGGAGUUCCAAAAUGGAGAUUGUUUCUAUACUUGCUCUGUUUUCAGUCGGUCUACAUCCUGUAAUUUCAACAAACCUAACAUGUACCAUUAUAAGGUCUUGGCAGACGAAGAAUACUAUCUGAUAUUUGCAAAUAGAUAUCUCCUGCCAUAUCCAACUUACGUUGCGGUUAAUUUUACGUUGGAGAAACGACUGUAUAAUCUAGGAAAUAGCGUUUCUGAAUGCUCCAAUUCUCUCACAUCUUCAUCAUGUACGCUGCAUUUCCCAUCCUUGAAUCUCCAUCCAUCAAUCGUUCUGAACGUCACUUCCAGUUCCGACAUGGAAGGAGAUGCUGAAAUUAAAGUUGCUUGUAUUUCGCGAAAAUGGGUUUAUGUUAUGGUGUUUUUCAUAGUACCCUUAGUGCUUGGAGCUCUGGGAACGGCUCUUAUUGUAAAAAAGUACCGAAAGCAAUCAAGACAGACACCAACUUCAACUCAAACGUCAGCACCGUUCUCAGCGCUGCCAUCAGUUUUGGAAGAAUCUGAAUCGGCCUCUUCAUACGCGCCAGGGUCCGGAUACGGGGCGGUUGAGUCGCCCCCGAAAUACGAGGACGCGACCGGAAGUCCACCAAGUUAUGAAGAAGCUACAAAAUAAAUGUAGUAAGGGAUGCUUCAGUUAGUGAUAUGUACUGAGAAAGACUUUUUCAAAUUCUUACAUCUAAUAUGUAUUCUGUGACGCCACAUUUGGUCUUUUUCACAUCACUUGUGUUUAGAUGUACACUGUGUACAUUUAUACAUUCUUAUUUUACACUUUCAAACGAAGUAUAAUUUGGAUACAUAUUCAAAGUACAUGUACAUUUUGUAAGAUAUUCAUAUAAUGCAUGUGAGUAAAUGUGAUCAUCCAAUAAAAUUUAUAUCCAUGCCUUCUGACGGCUACAAAUAAA